AUGAAAGAGUUUAUAUUGCAUAUUAUCAGUAUUAUUGUGUACUCGAAUAGUCCAUUCGCAUUUGCUGAAUAUAAUGAUACUUUUGAUACAGUAGCUAUGGCUAAACCACAUGUUAAAGUGUGUGGCGAUAUUCGUGUUACACUUUUUGAAUUAAAGCGUGGUUUUGAUGUUCAUGCACUAUCGUCCUGUGAAAUAAGUCUUGGAUCAGUUACAUAUGCUCCAAUGCAUUAUUUAGCAAAUGCCAGUACAAUAACCUCAAUACGAUUUCCUAAUCUUCGCGAAGUUCAUGGUCAUAUGUUAUUAGCUUAUUCAUCUAUGCAUUCAUUCUCGUCAAUGUUUCCUCGCCUAUCAAUUAUUCAUGGAAAAGAUUUAUAUCAUGGUUAUUCAUUGAUUGUGAUGGACAAUGUUUUACUAGAAGAUUUAGGUUUAACAUCAUUAAUUAGCAUACGUCAAGGAAAUGUAAUUAUAGCUCGAAAUGCUCAGUUAUGCUAUUCAGAAUCUUUACGUUGGAAUGAUAUCAUGGAAACAAAAAAGACGCAGGUGAUAUCGAGACAAAACCGCGAUAGUUGUGCUUUUUGUCCAACAUGCCCAUCGGCAUGUUGGUCACCAACGCAAUGUCAACAAAGGUGUUCACCUAACUGUCAAGGAAAUUGUUUAUCAGAAACAGUUUGCUGUCCUGAGCAAUGUGUCGGAGGAUGCCACUAUAGCAAUAGAACCGUUACGUCAAGUUUAAUAUGUAAUGCUUGCAGAACUAUGAGAAUUCAUGCGAGUGGAUUAUGUGUUGAAAAGUGUCCUGACAACAUGUUGAAAGCUGGUGGCUCAUUAUGUGUCACUCAUCAAGAAUGUAAGUCGUUCUUCUUGGGUACUGGCUUUAUAUUAGAUGAAAUCAAUGAAUGUGUUCUAUCUUGUCCACAUGGUUUUAUGCGUAUGUCACAUUCACAUUGUGUUCGUUGCAUUUCUUCUCCGGCAAAUAAUUAUUGUCACGGUGCAUGUAAAGAAAGGCAUAUUAGAUCCAUAGGAGAUUUUCGAUCAUUAAAAUAUUGUUCACGUGUGCAUACAUUAAACAUUUACAAUAUUGAAACUGUUGAUGCGAGAAAAAAUAAUUUUCUCGAAGCAUUCUCUGCACUCAGCUCACUUGAACAAAUCGACCAUGAAUUUACAAUACAUAACGUUAAGAUCUUUUCAGCAUUGAGUGUUUUUUCUCGACUUCGUCGUAUUGGCAUAACAUCAAAUUCUUCAAUGACAAUCGAAGAAAAUGAAUUCUUAACUGAACUCUGGUCGUCAACGCAACAACAACCAAUUAUUCAAGGAAGUUUGAAUAUUGUUCGCAAUGCUCGAUUAUGUUUGAAAAAUAUUGUAAAUUUUAUUAAUUAUACAAUGACGUAUGAAACAGAUCUUCAAGUAACACGAGAUACACGGAAUGAAUAUGCUAAUGGAUAUUUAGCCUCAUGCGAAUCAAAUUUUUUGAAAAUUUCAGUGAACAAAGUACGUUCAAGAACAGCGCGCAUUAAUGUGGCUAUACCAAAAGAAUCAUUUCCUCGAUCUAGUGGUAUAGCAAAACAUUUACGUCGACCAUUUUUAUCAGUAUAUUAUAAAAUAACACGAACAAGAAAUGAAACACAUGUUGAUACAAUGCAUUCAAAUAAAUGGUCAAGAGUUGUCGAGAAAGUGAAUUAUAAUCUAACUCCUCACGGUGGCUCAUUUACAAUGAGCGCGCAAUUAACGUCACUUCUUGGCGAUGAAUCGUAUGCAGUUUAUGCAUCGAUAACAUCAAGUAUUAAUACCAUCGGUUUGUUUUCUCCUAUCGUUUAUUUUCGUACGUUACAACGUCAAUCUGAACCAAUUCUUAACUUACGCGGAGAAUCUUUAUCUCGCUCAACUAUUGAGCUGGUAUGGCAACCACCAUCAAAACCUAAUGGUCCUAUAUCACAUUAUCUUAUUUAUUAUGCACCCAUGGAAGAUCGUUUGCCGGUAAAUAAUUCAAAAUUACUUUGUCUAAUGAAAGAUCGUUGGCGAACAGAAGGAACCACUGAAAUUAAUACUCUGAAUGUCACGAAAUCAACACGAUGUUCAGGGCCUAGAUUUCGAUCAUCAAAUAUGAUGCGAAGCAAUUAUGAUGAAGCAGAUGAGGACAGUGAAGAAAAUACAAGUAUCGAUCAGGUUGUUGCUGAUUUAUCGAUACUUGAAUAUCAACUGAUUAAUUCUGUCAGCCACCGAAAAGAUCCAUUAUUUAUACGGCCAGAAUUGAAGGAUACAAUAAUCAAUGAUCUAGAUCAUUACUUUGAAGAUAAAAGUAGUGCUUUCAAUGAUAAUUUCAAAUCGAACUCUCAAGAACAACCUGGUGUUGAACAUAAACCGUACAUUGAUGAAUUCAAUAUAUCGGUGCCCGAUACAAGAGUUGUUAUUAGUAAUUUAAAAGAAGCACAAAUGUAUAUGUUUCAAGUAUAUGCAUGCCAUGAUAUAUCACGACAGUUACUAUCUGAUGCUUGCAGUCUAAAUGGAAUUAUAUUAGCUGUUAAAACAAAGCCCGGUGAUCCAUCACGUGAUAUAGUAAGCAAUGUUAAAGUUAUUGCUCCAAUAGAAGAUUCAGAUUCUGCUAAAGCUAAUAUGGAAUCACUUCAUUAUCAAAUAUCAUGGUCAGAGCCUUCAGCACCAAAUGGCCUAGUCUACUUUUAUAUGAUAUAUAUUGACCAGAAUACUAAUAAUGGACCUAAAGAAGAACGUUGUGUUGGAAAUGAUGUAUUUUCUAUCAAUGUAACACUUCUACCAAGAACAAAAUAUCAUUUAAGAAUAAUUACAUAUACAAUAGCUCGAUUGAAUAAUGAAUAUAGAGAUCGAGAACAAAUUAAUGGUGAUCAACUUUCAUUCAAUUCAACAAACUUAUUUUUUGAAUUAGUUUUUACAACGAAGAAUUCGUCGAGUACUGAAAUAGUUCGACAAAAUCGAUUGUUGGCAUUGAUAGUAAUAACUGGUUUAGCUAUGCUUUUAUUUUUAUUUGCAACUGGUUGCCUGCUUUAUUAUUAUAAAUAUGUUCGCGGUGAUACAAAAGCGUCGAUAUCAAAAAAUCCUAAUUAUGAGUUAUAUACACCUGAUCGAUGGGAAAUCGAUAAAGAUUCUGUCACGUUAGAACGACUGAUCGGUCAAGGACAUUUUGGUCAAGUUUAUCAAGGCGUUUUGAAAUUACCAGAUGGCACACUCAAACCAUGUGCUAUUAAAGUACGAACAUCACACGCAACUGAUUUAUUACAAGAAGCAUCAAUCAUGAAACAAUUUCGAUGUUAUCAUGUGAUUCAACUGUAUGGAAUAUGUUCACGUAUUCGACCACCUUUUGUUGUUAUGGAAUUAAUGGUCAAUGGGGAUUUAAAAAAUUAUCUUUAUCGACAUCGACAAAAUGAAAUUAAUCCAAGGAGUUCAACAUUAACUGAAUCAGAUAUGAUUCAAUUAGCAUUAGAUGUUGCUGAUGGAAUGGAUUAUUUAUCAGAUCAAAAAUUUGUACAUAGAGAUUUAGCUGCAAGAAAUUGUCUUGUAAAUGCAAAUAAGACUUGUAAAGUUGGAGACUUUGGAUUAGCCCGUGACAUAUAUGAAACAGAUUAUUAUCGACGAGGUGGUCGAAGUUUUCUUCCUAUCCGAUGGAUGGCACCGGAAAGUCUAAGAGAUGGACGUUUUGAUACAUUAUCUGAUGUUUGGUCAUUCGGUGUUCUUCUAUGGGAAAUAGCAACAUUCGCUGAACAACCUUAUCAAGGUUAUGGUAAUGAAGAAGUUGUUCAUUAUGUUCGAUAUGGAAAUAUAACACUCGAACGUCCACCAAACUGCCCAGAAAUAUUACAUAAAUUAAUGCAUGCCUGUUGGGCAUUUUCGCCUGGUGAUCGAAUAUCUUUUCGAUCAAUAGUUGAUGAAUUAGUUCCAUAUGAAAAUGAAGAUUUUCGUUUGAAUGCAUAUUAUCAUACUCAACCGCAUUUACCGCAAGAUCAAAUUCUCAUAGUUACUAAUGAUUAG